ACACGCUGCAAUCAACCACCAUCGAUCAAUUGGUCCGCAGCGGCGAGCCCUACGGCCCUUAACUCACCCACCCCGUCGGUUUUCGUGCUACUCUCCACUCCACACUUCACAAUGCUUCGCUCCAGCAUCGCCCGGGCUACCAGCUCGGCGCCCUCGGUCGCCCGUCAAGCUGCCCGUGUUCAGACUCGCAAGGCCCACGCGAUCUCCAGCCCUACCCUGGCCAACAUCGAGAAGCGCUGGGAGGGCAUGCCUCCUCAGGAGCAGGCCGACCUGUGGAUGGCGUUGAGGGACAGGAUGAAGGUUGACUGGAAGGAGAUGACUCUGCAAGAGAAGAAGGCCGCGUACUGGAUUGCCUUUGGCCCCCACGGCCCUCGCGCCCAGACCCCUCCCGGUGAGGCCAAGCAGGUCUUCCUCUACGUCCUCGCCGGUGUCGGUGUCUCUGGCGUCCUCUUCGGCAUUGCCCGCUACUUCGGUAGCAGCCCCCCCAGGACCAUGACCAAGGAGUACCAGGAGGCCUCCGAGGAGUACCUCAAGUCGCAAGGCUCCGAGACCAUCACCGGCUACCCUGGCAUGCUUGUCCAGAGCAAGCCGGAGAAGAAGCAGAGCUAAAUAUCUCGCCCUGGCUAGGAAAUUUCUCUGGUUGUCAAUUUAACAUGCAGACGUGCUUUCCUUUGUUAUCUGUGACAUUACCCUG